AUGGAUUCGACCAAGUUGAACAUUGCUUUGGUUUUGUUGCAACUGACGGUGAUGUGCAUGAGCCAAAAGUUCAGUCCGGUGUACCGGGGACCGAUCACCGCGGACAGGCAGAUCGCAGUCGGCCAGCAGCAGUACGCGAACGACGCGGCUAUGCAAUCGGCCACCGCGGGCGACGUUAACCAACAAUAUCCGGAACAGCAGUACAACUACCCGACACAGCAGUACUACUAUCCGUCACAGCAAAAACAAAUCUUGGAGAAGCAGCAACAGACCAGGUUGGAGCAACAACGGCUCCAACUCCAGCAGUUGCAGCAGCUCCAGUCGUCCUGGGGCUACUACCAACCGGCCGCGUCGCCGCAGCAGCAAUACGGCAGCGACUACCUACAGCAAUUGCAGCAGCUACAGCAGCAGCAGCAGCAACAGCAGCAACAACAAUCGCAGCAGCAGUAUUACCAAACCGUGGAGAAACCACUGUUCAGGCCUGCGACCAUACCGGUAAGCGAAACGCCCGCCGAGGGCCCGCAGCAACAGAAGCCGAACAGCUUGUAUCAGCAGCAAACCGGGGCUUUGGCCAACCAGCAAUUGCCACAAAACCCGCUGGGAGUGUACUACUCUUCGGCCGCCGACGUGUCGAAAUUUCAAUUUUCCGGCAACGGUGUUAACUAUUCGUAUUGA